AUCAGGAAGCUCACAGUAAACUGCCCUGUUUUGCUUCACCAUAAGAUUAGAUUUAACUUCUGGAUUUUAAGCAACUGAGAGGAGAUUAAACACAACAAGCCAACAACACUCCAGGAAAAGAGAGAAAUAAAGGUUAAUAGGGGGAAAAAGGAGGGAGGAAAUGGCUGAAUCUUCACCACAACCAAGACAAGGAAGAAGAAAGAGUAUGGAUCAAUCAGCCUCAUUUGGUUGUGAGUCCAGCAGUCCUCUGUCUGAAGAUCAGUUCCACUGUUCUAUCUGUCUGGACGUGUUCACUGAUCCAGUUUCUACUCCAUGUGGACACAACUUCUGUAAAUCCUGCCUCACUCAGUACUGGAACAGCACUCAGCACUGUCACUGUCCUUUAUGUAAAGAGAAAUUCACCAAGAGACCUGAACUGAAGAUCAAUACAACACUGAGAGAGAUUGCAGAUCACUUCAAGAAGAAAAGUGUUCUAGAUAAACCUGAGGUUCUCUGUGACGUCUGCACUGGAGAGAAGCUGAAGGCCUUCAAAUCCUGUCUGAAUUGUGGAGCGACGUUCUGUAAAACUCAUCUGGAGGUACAUACUGUCGGGACACUUAAGAAUCACAAACUAAUUGAUCCAGUGGAGAACCUGGAGGUCUACAUCUGCCAGAAGCACGAGAGACCCCUGGAGCUGUUCUGUAGAGAUGAUCAGACGUGUGUAUGUGUUUUCUGUACUGUGACUGACCACAAGAAUCACAACACUGUUCCUAUAGAGGAGGAGAGUAGAGAGAAAAAGACACAGCUGGGAAAGACACAGACAGAGGUGCAGCAGAUGAUCCAAGACAGACUGAAGAAGAUUAAAGAGACCAAACACUCAGCAGAGAUGAGAAAAAGAAACACAGAGAAGGAGAUUUCAGACAGUGUUGAAGUCUUCACUGCUCUGAUGCGCUCCAUUGAGAGAAGUCAGGCUGAGCUGCUUGAGGUGAUGAAGGAGAAGCAGAAAGCAGCAGAGAAGCAGGCUGAAGAGUUCAUUAAAGAUCUGGAGCAGGAAAUCACUGAGCUAAAGAGGAGAGACACUGAGCUGGAGCAGCUCUCACACACUGAGGAUCACCUCCACCUCCUACAGAUUUACGCAUCCCUGUGCAGACCCCCACACACCACCAACUGGACUGAUAUCAGUGAUGAUCCUCAUCUGAGUGUAGAGACUGUGAGGAACGCUCUGUCUAAACUUCAGAAGAGUCUGAAUAAAGAACUCACUAAAACUAUUAAUGAGAAGAUUAAAGAAUCAGUUUUAACAGAGCUGAAGAGAAUCCAGCAGUAUGCAGUGGACGUGACUCUGGAUCCUGAUACAGCUCAUCCCAAACUUAUCCUGUCUGAUGAUGGAAAACAGGUGACACAUGGAAACACAAAACAGAAUCUUCCUGACAAUCCAGAGAGAUUUGAUGAAUGUGUCUGUGUUCUGGGAAAGGAGGGAUUGUCCUCAGGAAGAUUUUACUAUGAGGUGCAGGUCAGUGGGAAGACUGAGUGGACUGUAGGAGUGGUCAGAGUGUCUGUUAACAGAAAGUGUCAGAUUACACUGAGCCCAAAGAAUGGAUUCUGGACUGUAUGGUUGAGGAAUGGGAAUCAGUAUAAGGCUCUUGCUGGUCCUUCAGUCUCCCUCUCUCUGAGAGAGAAGCUCCAGAAGGUGGGGGUGUUUGUGGAUUAUGAGGAGGGUCUAGUCUCCUUUUAUGAUGUGGAGGCCAGGUCUCAUAUCUACUCUUUCACUGGUCAGUCCUUCACUGAGAAACUCUAUCCAUACUUCAGCCCCUGUGUUAAUGAUGGAGGUAAAAACUCAGUGCCAUUGAUCAUAUCACCUGUGUGUAAGAUUUAAUAUGUUUCAACACAGUUCAGUGUUUAUCAGAUGUUAGAAAAGAAAAGAGAUAGAUUUAAUAGAUAACCACACAGUUUAUUGGCCUGAUCUCACUAUUGCUUGAUAUGGGCUGUGUAUAGAGUCCUGUUGGAAUCCUUUAUUAAUGUUUGAAUGAUUUCCUAACAAACAGAACUCAACAUAUUUCAAGAAAAAAAACUAAAAGUACUUAAUUAUUCUGCAGUAAAGUGUAAUCAUGUGUUAUUAUAUUACAAAUUAUCAGCAAUCAACUAUACCAUAUACAAACCACUUAUAGGUGAUGAGAAUUACAUUGAUAAUCUGGUUCAAGUGGCACAUGUAAAGGAUUUAAUAGAAAAGUUAGUGAUCAGUCAGGUCUAAUGUGCUGAAAGCAGAACAUAUGGACACACAUAAGAAUUUGAGAAACAAAUCUGUGAUGUCUAGAUGACUGGAUCUGAACAUCUGCAAAACAUCAGGCAGGUCUUGUGGGUGGUUCCUGAUAUGUAGUGGUCAGUAUUGACCAAAAGUUCUCCAAGAAAAUAGUUACAGGUUCAUUAGAACCUAUACGGAGGUCCCACCUCACAACUUACAGGACUUUAUGAACCUGCUGCUAAUGGCCGAUACCACAGAUGCCUUUAGAGGUCUUGUGGGGUUAAUGUCUCUACAGAUCAGAGCUUUUUUUUGGAAGGAUGAAGGGAGUCUACAUAAUAAUUGGGCAGGUGGUUUUAAUGUUAAUUGUUUUUUUAUUUAUGAGGGAAAUAUUCUGUGACGCUAAUAAUUAUUCAUAUAUUUAAUCAAACACAUACACUGUUACUGUGUUUACAGUAGUAAUCCUUUUUUUUUACAGUGUAAGAAUGUAAAAAUGAGUUAAAAGGAGGUUAAAAUGCUUUUUGUGUUUCCAUAAUUGAAGCAAUAAAGGAAUGCUGUCUUCUGAGA